GGGGGCGUGGCCGGGAAGCAGGAAGUAGACCGCCGCUGUCGCAAGUCACAAGAAAGCUCUCCGUCAUGGCCUACCAGGCUGGGAUGCAAGAGGACCCCAGUGUUCUGGUUCACAAAAUAAGCUCCAACGUCCAGAAGCUGACACUACUGACCUCGGAGCUGCAGAGGGCCGUUUCCCAGCUGGGAUCGGAGCAUGACGGCAGCAAGCUCACGCAGACGCUUCAGCAGAAACAGCAGCAAGGCAACCAGCUGGCGAAGGAGACCGACAAACUAAUCAAAGCAUUCAGUGCACUUCCUGUUGGCCCCGAUCAGCGGCAGAGGAAGUUGCAGAAAGAGCGCCUGGUGAACGACUUCUCCGCCGCCCUGAACAGCUUCCAGAAGACGCAGCGGCAGGCGGCCGACAAAGAGAGAGACUUCGUGGCCAGAGUCAGGGCGUGCUCCAGGGUGUCGGCAGGUCUGCCCGACGACAGCUUUGGAUAUGUGCCCGAUUUUCUUCAUGAAUCCAAGGCACAGGCGCAGGCGCAGGCGCAGGCGGAGGCCAUCACUGAAGAAGAUCUGAGGCUGAUCCAGGAGAGGGAGACGUCCAUCAGGCAGCUGGAGUCGGACAUCACAGACAUCAAUGACAUCUUCAAGGACCUGGGCAUGAUGGUCCACGAGCAGGGAGACAUGAUAGACAGUAUCGAGGCCAACGUGGAGACUGCAGAUGUGCACGUGCAGACCGCGACCCAACAGCUGUCCCGUGCUGCAUCCUAUCAGCGGAGCUCCCGGAAGAAGAUGUGCAUCCUGGUGAUCGUGUUGCUUGUCGUCUGUGUUGUCGUUGGACUCAUCAUCUGGGCUUCUGUCAAACAGUGAAGGGUUCUGCCUCCUCCUCCUCUUCCUCUCAUCCGCCUCUCCUGGUUAGUCAUCGACCUGGACAAAGCACGGAGCACCUCCUCCUACUCUUCUCACGUCAUUUGGACUCUCUGUCUUUCUUUCACUCGAUUAUAGUUCUGAGAUGUGACCGUCCUCAUUGAACGGACCGCACACACACUCCUUCACGGUGAAAACUAAUCUGUGUGGCGGAGGUUAUCGUCGGCUUUAAUUUAAUUUCUUCGCGUCUGAUCUUUGUCGUGAUUUACUUGACGGGAAAGCUUAAAUGUUUUAGUCCUCACCACCCGGGUUCCAGAGGAAGGUGUAAACACAGGUGGAGUAUCACUGUUUUCCGUUUGGCCCUGAAUGAUGAAUAACACGCAGUACAACAAUAUAUAUAUAUAUAUCAAUAUCAUCAGGUCAGAUAUGUCACAGCCACUCAUUGUCUCAGAGACAUGUUCCCUCUUUAUUUUACAAUCUAACAAAUUACAAUUAAUUGUUCAUUUCUAUACCAAUUCCCAUCCUGUACUCUAAUGAUACAUCGAGAAGUGCCACACACACGCAUGCUGAAUCUCCUGAUUGGGACCACACAACACACUCCAGUCAUUCCAAGUAAUCAGGAGAAGGUUUUGUUACUUUACGUCGGCACGGCGUUACCUUCUUUUGUUUUUUAAUUGUUCAGCUUGGAGAGAUUGAAUGGACGGUGAAGGAAAGUCAUUGUUGUUGAAAUGAAUUGCACAUCAGAGCAUCACGAAAUGCAACAUGGAAUAUAGUUCAAUGUUGUGCUUUUAUGAUUGUUUUCAGGUCUGCUUCUUUUAUUUUGAAGGCCAUUCACACCGCGUGGGUGUUUUCAAUGAUCUGACUGCUUGGUGCAAUCAGCCAAAUUAAGUGGAAACACCUGUGUGUGUGUGGGGUGGGGGGGGGCUGGACUGAUAGAAAAGUACUUUCUGUGACUGACAGCCAACAGUAACCGUCUCUGUCUCUUUAUUCCUAAUAUGAAGGACCACGAUAUGUAACUGAAAAGUAUAACGUGAGCGCGAGCAAACACCAAUUAUUAUUUCCGUCGACCCGUUUUGAUGUAAAAUUAUGCGCAAGUGUAUAUUUUCCAUUCUGAGAUGAUGCUGCCUGCAGUGUGCGCGAAUAAAUUGUGACUGCGAACAUU